CAAAGAGCAGGCCCCCGCCCCCCGGGUUCUGGGCGCGUCCCGCCGGCCAGCUGAGGAGAGAGGGGCGCCUGGGAGCCGAGCAGGGCCAGGAGCUGCAGGCAGCGGCGCAGAGCGCCGGGCAAAGCGGGAACCCGCACGCAGCCGGCUCCAGGUGGCUGGGAAGGAGCGCGGUGCCGGCGGGCAGUGGGCGGGCGGGCUCUGGCGAUCGGCGCUCUUCAUCCCUGUAGGCUCCCGCUCCCUCGCUGCGUGGCGAGCCCUGCGCCCUCCGGCCUGAACCAGCAAUCAUGGCCCAUUACAAGACCGAGCAGGAAGACUGGCUGAUCAUCUACCUGAAGUAUUUGCUCUUCUUGUUCAACUUCUUCUUCUGGGUAAGUGGCGGAGCAGCCGUCAUGGCCGUGGGUGUCUGGACCCUGGUGGAGAAAAGUGGCUACCUCAGCGUCCUGGCCUCCAGCACCUUCGCCGCCUCCGCAUACAUCCUCAUCUUCGCAGGCGCCCUGGUCGUGGUGACUGGCUCUGGCUUCGGCGCCAUCAUCCGGGAGCAGAAGAGUUGCCUGUCCACAUAUUUCUGCCUGUUGCUUGUCAUCUUCCUUGUAGAGCUGGUGGCAGGUGUCCUGGCCCACGUGUACUACCAGAGGCUGAGUGAUGAACUGAAGCAGCACCUGAAUCGCACCUUGACCGAGAACUAUGGGCAGCCCAGGGCCAUGGAGAUCACAGCCUCUGUGGACCGUCUCCAGCAAGAUUUCAAGUGCUGUGGAAGCAACAGCUCUGCUGACUGGCAGCACAGCACGUACAUCCUGUCUCAGGAGGCCGAGGGCCGCCGGGUGCCCGACAGCUGCUGCAAGACGGUGGUGACUCGCUGUGGCCAGCGGAUCCACCCCUCCAACAUCUACAAGGUGGAGGGAGGCUGCAUCACGAAGCUGGAGCAGUUCCUGGCUGACCACCUGCUGCUCAUGGGGGCAGUGGGCAUCGGGGUGGCCUGCCUGCAGAUCUGCGGGAUGAUUCUCACCUGCUGCUUGCACCGGAGGCUCCAGCGGCAUUUUUAUUAAUGGCCAACCCUGUCCCCUUCUGGCUGCCCCUCACAAGUACAAGGGCCUACAUCCCCACAUCUCAUCUGCUAGGCCUAUAGAGUCUGCACCAGCUGAACUAGAAUCAUGGACUGCCUUUACUCUGCGCCCAGUCCCUGUGAGCCCACCAAGUGCCUGGGAUGGUGGCUUCUGAUCUUCCUACCCAGGCAGGGACCCUCAGCCCCCACCCCUCACUUCUGAGCAUUCACUGCCAGAAUCCUGGGUAGGGAACGAUCCUCCCAGGACACAGCCAGAGCUCCUUGCCAAGCAUGGAACAUCGAGGACAGUAGGAAGGUAUGAGAGCCAGGCUCUCUGCCCCUUGCAGCCGGAACCUGGAAGAAAGGCUGGAAAAUGGGCCCUCCUGGGAUUCCUGCGUUGUAUUGGUGCAUGUUUCCCAUCUGGCUCAUGCCAGGUGCAUCCUGGUGGGGCAGUUAGGGAUGGCUGCUUCCCCGGAAACCUAGCCAGUCCCUGGGUCUGCCUGUUCCCCACACUGUCUCAUUUGGAAAGCAGCAUCCUCCUAUCCGCAUUCCUACCUGCAGGGCUGGGAAAGGGGAGGCCUAAGGUGGGGCAGCUGAAAGCAGGUACAGCUGCCAGGGAAGGGAGGGAAGGGACGAGAGCCCUGCACCCUGCCAGGCCUCCCUCGGGAAGAGAUUCCCCCUGGAGACCAUGCCCCCAAACUCCAGCCUCCAGCAAUAUGCACAUAACUCCUGUUCCAAGGCUUAUUUUCAGAAAUGCCAGGUUUUCAAACUAUCUAACUGCUAAUUUUGGUGGAUUUAAAAGCCCUCCCCAAGUGGACCAAAUCACAAACCUAUAAAUGCAGAGCCACAGAGAAGGGGAAGCUCUGAGGAAAGAGGCACCCUGCCUGGACCCCACUUUUCCUGAGUCCCUCUCCCCCUGACCACGUGGUCAGCAUCCUGAUCCUUCCAGGGGCCUCACUCUGCUUCCUUUUCUACUGCCCCAGAGCACACACAGUCCCUUCCUUUGGUUCUCUUAUGCAUCAAUGAUUGAGACAGGGAAUUUUCAGGAAGAACGUUGCCAAAUGCUAAGGGAGACCAGAAAGAAAAUUCUAGGAAAAAUAGGGAAGAAUAGAUAUCAACUCAUAGACAAACACAGGGAAUCACCCCAGGUCCCAUACUGCUGUUACUUGGGCAGCUCAUAACAUAAGAACCCCACUCCUGGUUUCCAUCUUCCAAGGUCCUGCAGUUCUGUCCAUGUUGGGGACCCUCUUAGUUCCCCCACAAGAAGGGGUAGCACUUUGUUACACUGAGACUGAGACCAAGAGAGGUCCCACCUUGCCUCCUACCCUAUCCAGCCCUCCCUCUGAUAAGCACAGCUCUUGCUGACCUGGGCUGGUCCUGAAGGAGGGACAUUCUCUUCCAUACCUAGCAGUGGCCUAGAGACCUCUCGUUUUGUCAUCAAUGUAGUCCUGAAUGAUCCAGAAACUGCAUCCUCAGAACAGGAAGUAGCCAUACAGAUAGAGUUUAGACCAGGCUCUUGGGACAGACUGCUUUCUCCACUCUGGAUUCUCCAGGGGCUCCUUAGAGCCUGGGCUGGUUUAUCUCAUCUGCCUAGAUGAUCUUGGGGUUGUUGAUGCAAAUUCAUUAAAAAGAAGACAAGCUCUCCCAGCGAUCCCAGACUGCACCACAGCCAAGAGAAAUGGUGAUUAUCUAGCUGUGCUCCAACUUCCUGGGAUUCAUGCAGAUAAUCAAAACUGGAUGUGACUCCCAGGCUUGCAGAGGCAGGGUUGAAAAUCAGAGUGCUGGGCUGGGACCACAUCCUUCCCACAGAGGCCCCACAGGAUAGAUGGCAGUGGCCAGGGAUAUUCUGUGGCCUUCCACAUCUGCCCUGGUGGGUUCCCUUUAUUCUCAGGGAGAUGGGGACAGAGGUGAUAGGUGGGCACCACUUGCACAGUCUUGUCCCUGAGACAGGCCAGGAGAGCCUGACUCAUCAGUCCCUAGCCCAAAGGUUGGGUUAGGCCAACCCUACUGGGGAUAGGAUUAGCAGCGAUUCCUUCCCUGGGCACCAUCCAGCACAGACAGCCACUGGGGGGAUGACUGGUUGGAGCUGCAGAGUGGGAGAACAGCCCAGAGCUUUUUGGAAACGUGACCUCCUUAUUCAUGCCAACAGGGUGGGACAUGAGACAGGGUUAGUGGAAACAGAGCUCCAGAAUAGAGAAGGUUCUGCCUCAGAUAUGAUCCGUAGUGGGUUGUGCCCCUCCCACUGACAGGGAUGCAGAUCCAUUCCUGAGAUACUUCCUGCUCUUCCUGCUUGGAGACUAUCACAGUCUUGAGUUCCUUGGAAAGAAAGAAAAAUAUAAACACAUCCUCAGUCCUAGGGGAGAGGGUCACAAAAUGUCCAGGGGUCCCUGCUGCUUGGGUUGGCACAUUCUUGCCUUGAGUAUACUAAGCACCCUGCCCUAAGCUCCCAGAGAGAACAACAAGAGAAGAGCAUGUCCCCAAGCCCCUGGAUAACUGGGAGGGAGGGAUAGAAAUGAAACUAGACUAUGGUGAGAGACGAAGUGUUUAUACCCAUUAGUCUCUUUCUCCUUCCUCUCCCCUACACUACAGCCCUGACUCUAGGGGUCCCUUGGGCACAGCUAUUUGAGGAAUGUUUACUGAGGGUCUUCUGUGUACUUAGAAUGUGUUAGUUGCAUAAAUGCAUUAUCUUUCUGUGACCCCAGUGAGAGGUACUAAUUCCCCCAUUUUGCAGAUGAGGAAAUUAAGGUUCAGCUAAGUCAGGGUCCCGCCUGCCCAUGGUGAUGGUUGUCAUCAUGGACUGCCAGCCAGGUAGACCCUAGGAAGGCCAGGCUAGGAGCCCUCUCUGCUCAGCAUCCCACAGUCCUCCAUCUCUGUAAUAAGUUGUCAACCUGGCAUUCAGGAACAAAGUGUCCUUCAGGGACACCCCCUCCCAGGUCAGACAGAGCCAUCCAUCACAGCCCGGCUCCAGUGGCCCUGCACAUUUACAAGUGCAGAAGUCUGGUGUAUUUCAGGGUGACAACCAGGCCCCCCCAGCAGGGAGGCUCAGGCAGCAUCUGGGAGCCCAAGGAGCCUUGGCUCUUGGGAACAACUCAGCCCACACUUCUGUGACAAGGCUGACACUACAGAGAGCUGGGACUGUCCCUCUGCUCGCAAAGCCUUCAUAGGGUCCGGUGGGAAUCUCCUGCCCAUGUGGACCUCAGCAUCUGGGGCAGAGAUGCCUCUCUCCAACCCAUUGUGGGGGGCAGGGGAGAAUCUCAGGUCAUGUGCACCCACAGAGCCACCCUGGGCAGGGAUGGGCUCUGGGUGGUGAUGCUGUCUCCUCCCUUCCCAGUGAGGCCCUUUUCCUCCUUCUUGCUCUCCCCCCACAUUGAGCACCUGCUAUUGCUGGGCUCUGGGAUGGACACAGUGUCACUUUUGUCCAGGGAGCCUGUGCAUGGCCAUAGGUGUUCAGAUCUGGAAACAUUCUGUGACCCUGGGGAAGCAGGAUAUGACAGGCCACUGGGAUUAGCCCCAGGACCCUCAUGCCUGAAAAUCUACUUUGGCCUUAAAAUCUGCUGCUCUGGGCCCCCUCUUCAGGGUUUAGAGGUAGGGGAAGUGAACUGGAACAGUUACCUUCAUCACCACGCACCCCCACUCCCAACCUUGAAAGAACUCUACCACUAGGGCCACUUCAGCCUUGGGAAGGAAAGGCAGAAGAGGUGGGCCAUCUGAUGGAGGAGAAAAGCAGUUUUUUGUAUGGCCGCUGGGUGGCGCUCAUGUCUGCUGCAGAUGGCAUUUGAUCAAGUGUCAAAACCAGCAACUCUUAAACUUGCUUUGGCAUCAUGAUCACCUGGGGGCUUUUCAAAACAGAUUGCCAAUCUCCCCAGAGCUUCUCAUCAGAAGGCCUGUAGUCAACAAUUUGCAUUUCCAGCAAAUUCCUAGAUGACACUGAUGCUGCUGACCCUAAACACACUGCUUUGGACCAUACCACAAAGGAGGACUGACUACCUUCUUUCAGAUGUCACAAACCCCAGGGGUCAAAAGUCCAACAGGCUAUCUGGCUUGAGUUCUACUUGUUGCAGCCUGGGACUGUUCCCACUUGAUUCACUGGGAGAGGGUGGGAUGAAGCCGGACACUGGCAUCAGUUCACAGCCACCCAGGAAAGCACCUCUCAGCUGUGCAUUCUUGCAGCACUACCCUGAUGGAUCUGUGACCUUGGCCAGUGGACUUGGCCAGUUCCAGGACCCCUCUUCCUGGAAGGGGACUAGUUACAUUUUGCAGCCUGUUCUCCCACCACCCGCUAUGUGCCUUGGGACAGCUCUGCUACAGCUUCGUCAAUCCCAGCCAGGAGCACAGUACACAGCCCUGUACUCUAGGCCUCCCAUGCGCCCAGUCUCCUUCCCACUUAGGCAACACCUGCCACACACCCUGCCAUCUGCCCCAAGCAAGUGCCAUUAAUAAUUCCAGGCAGCCCAGUGUUUGGAGGCCACUUGGGCUCCUGGACCCGGGUGGCCUGUGAAUGUGGGUUACCAGAAUUUUCUAGAAACAGAGAAGUUGCCUUAACUUACUGCUUAUAGGGAAGCUGUAAGCAUGCCUCUCUCCUUAGCUGAUUUCAGUGGAAGCCCGGCUUCAUGUACUACAGGGCAUGACAAUAAAGGAAUUGUAUUAAGGACUA